GCUGUCUCAGCUCGGGAUGCCCUGGCCAAAGCUGUUUAUGGCCGCACUUUUACAUGGUUGGUACAGAAAAUCAACCAAUCACUAGCUGUCAAGGAGGAAAUUUAUCAGAGCGGCAAAGCAUCCACAGUAAUAGGACUACUUGAUAUCUAUGGUUUUGAGGUGUUGCAGAACAAUAGUUUUGAGCAAUUCUGCAUCAACUACUGUAAUGAGAAGCUGCAGCAACUGUUUAUCGAGCUCACUCUCAGAUCUGAACAGGAGGAGUAUGAGACAGAGGGGAUUGCGUGGGAACCAGUGACAUAUUUUGACAACAAGAUCAUUUGUGAUCUUAUAGAAGAAAAGCACAAAGGCAUCAUUUCCAUUUUGGAUGAGGAGUGUCUGAGACCUGGGGAAACAUGUGACAUUUCAUUUUUGGAGAAACUGGAGGACUCACUUGGUGGUCAUCCACAUUUUGUCACUCACAAGUUGGCCAAUGGGAAAAUACGCAGAGUGAUGAACAGAGAGGAAUUUAGACUGUUGCACUAUGCAGGAGAGGUGAACUACAAUGUUACUGGUUUUCUGGAUAAAAAUAAUGAUUCACUAAACAGGAAUUUAAAGGAGGUUAUGUGUCAGUCAGACAACCAGAUCCUUAGUCACUGUUUCCGAAGAGAGGAAGUCUUUGACCAGAAACGACCUGAAAUGGCCGCAACACAGUUUAAAAAUAGCCUUAUGAAACUAAUGGAGAUCCUCAUGUCCAAAGAGCCAUCCUAUGUGCGCUGUAUUAAGCCAAAUGACUGCAAACAACCAGGUAGAUUUGAUGAGAUCCUGAUCCGGCACCAGGUGAAAUACUUGGGUUUAAUGGAGAAUCUGCGUGUCCGGAGAGCUGGCUUUGCCUACAGACGUCGAUUUGAAGCCUUCCUCCAGAGAUAUAAGCCACUCUGUCCAGAGACAUGGCCAAACUGGCAUGGUCCACUUGCUGAUGGGGUAUCUACACUGGUGAACCAUCUAGGCUACAAACAAGAAGAAUAUAAACUCGGCAGAUCAAAAAUCUUCAUUCGUUUUCCGAAAACUCUCUUCAACACAGAAGAUGCUUUGGAAGCAAAGAAGCCUGAGAUUGUCUUGACCCUGCAAACAUCUUGGAGAGGAUACAGGGAAAGAGCCAAAUACAAGCGCAUCAGACAUGCAGUGAUUGUGAUCCAGUCUUUCUGGCGAGGCAUGAAGGCACGAAGACGGGCCAAGAGGCGAAGGGAAGCUGCCAACUUGAUACGCAAAUUCAUUAAAGGUUUUAUCUACCGUCACAAUGAUUACUGUUCUGAAAAUGAGUAUUUCAUCGAUCACGUACGCCGCUCUUUUCUCAUGAAGCUGAGCAAAAACCUGCCCAAAAGUGUUUUGGACAAAAACUGGCCAACACCUCCUCCUUCACUCAUAGAGGCUUCUGAACAUUUACAAAGGCUUCACCUGUGCAAUAUGGUGACAAAAUACUGCAGAAGCAUCCAGCCUGAAUGGAAAAAACAAAUGACACAGAAAGUUGCAGCUAGUGAGAUGUUUAUGGAUCAAAAGGACAGCUAUCCUAUGAGUGUACCGAGGCUGUUUUUGGACUCCAGGCUCGAACGUGAACACAUUAAUCUCAAAGUUGUUCAGACACUUGGUAAUGACAAAGUACAGUACGGUGUGACAGUUGUUAAAUAUGACAGAAGAGGGUUCAAGCGUCGCCAUCGACAGCUGCUCCUAACCAACACGUUUGCUGUGCUUGUGGACAGGACCAAAAUCAAACAGAAAAUCGACUACAGCGCUCUGAGGGGCAUCUCUGUAAGUGCCCUCAGUGAUGGGAUGAUUGUCCUGCACAUGCCCAAUGAGGACAAGAAGCAGAAGGGUGACAUAGUGUUGCACUGCACCCAUGUGAUCGAACUGGUGACAAAACUAGCCCUGAUGGCAAACAAGACCAACUACGUGAACAUUAGCUCGGGCAGCAUAAGGUUUGUCAUAGCUCGUGGCAGAGAGGGCUUCAUUGAUUUUACCAGGGGCUCUGAGUUGAGUGUGGUCAAAGGCAAAAGAGGACAUCUGCUGGUGACUGCCCCUUACAUCAAUAACACAUGAAGGAACACAAGGCAGCAUUCUGUGUGGAUUACCGCCACUCAAAAGGUCCUUUUGUCACGCAGUUGCAAAGAAGAUAUAUUUCUCAUCACUGUUUUUCACAAAUAACUUUAAUGAAGUUGCCACAGCUUCAAUGCUUUCUCUUUAUUAAUAUCCAUGUAAUAAACAGUAAAUCUUUAUUGUAACAAAUACAUUUUUCAAUAAAUAAAUUACAAAUAAAUAGCAUAAAUAACAAAAUA